UCUCAUCCGAUUAAUAUGAUGAUCAUAAGUUUUUAUAUUGGGAAUUUUAAAUCCUUUAGAAUUCUGUCACUACUACUACAUCACUAUAAUUCUGCAGUGGGUAAGUUUAUGUAACAAUGUAAGGUUAGACAAUGCAGCAACCAUAAUAUUUAGAAUUUAGUAUAUCUUGAUGUAGAUUGUUUAUUUAUGUUAUGUUGCAUAAAAAAGGGAAGCACAACCAGCAGACAACACAAAAUGACCCAAAAUACAAAUAUUUCCCUGGGAAAUAUUUGUAAUAUGAUGAGUAAUACAUAGAUCCCAGAAGGAUAUUAUGGACCUAGUUGUGGAAACUGGUUAUAUGAAAGAAGUAGAAGGAAGCUGAGUACACAAACUUAUAUCUACACAUUAGUCAUAUUGUUAAUUCUAAAAUUAUCAUGCAUCAUAAAUCCUCAAUAUAAAUGUAGGGAGGUAUCUGGUGACCUUGACCAUUAGUUUAUCAAGGUCAGUCCAUGGCUCAGAGUCUAAAGUGUUUUUGUGUGCUAUUAAGAAUGCAGUGAUAAAUGAUGUGUUGUUGCUACCAUGAAAUGUAGUGUCCAGCAGAACACCAAGAAACAUAUCAAUAAAAUAAUUGCAGCUGUUAUUUUGAUGACCUUGCUAAUAUAAGGUAUAACGUACUUACUGGAAAAUAGAGGGUAGAGCAGUCACCAUGAAUCUUCCACUCAGUCCAGGCGAGGUCGUAACGUCUACAGCACCCACUUUGAUUCCCAAACCUGGGCUUAAGUAUGCGAAUUCUCUCCAUUUAGGUUCGAGUGCUUUACACGCUGGACACCAAGGUGCAUAGCUGAAAAACAAAAUUUGUUAAAUUUGACUCAUUUAUGUAGAAAAUCGGCAUAAAUAAGGCAUUAACAUCAUCGUAUUAUUGAGAGACAAUACAAUGGACAUUAUUCAUGUUUGUGCGAGAUUAUAAUCCGUGAUACUUACAAUUCAAUCAACCAUUCACCUUCUAAGAUAUCACGCCAGUUAUUUUCAUUCAAUUCUAUCACUGUUUUUUGUCCAUUUAUACUAAAGGCACAAAGUAAAAUAAUAAAAUAUAUACAAAAGGACACUUUACCGCACGCCAUGUUGUUUUAUUUGAAGAACAUAUCUUGACAUCUGACAAAUCUACUUCUUGACAUUUGUCACACCAAUGACAGCAAUCUAGGGAGUUUUGGAGCGGCCUAGGGGGAUUUCAGAUGGACACCACAUUGGCAAGGCGACAUGUGAUAUGAUUGAGGUUAUGUGCGACAACCUAAACAAAACAUUUUGGCGAUAUCCCGAUAUCUACAAAAAGCCAAAAUAUCACCUAAUUAACAAAUAAAAUGAAAGCCAAAGGAAGAAAAAAUCAUAAGGAUAUAUCUCCCUCGGAAAUUGAAGCAGAACCUGAGAGUACCAAAAAAUGGUAUGAAGAUGCUCCAAAAGACCCCAAAAAUGCAGGUCAACACACUGAACAAAUCUUGAUAGAACUGAAGGAAGAAGCAAGGAAAUGCCACACUGCAGAAGUUAAUAAUUAUAAUUCAAAAAAACAGAAUGCUAAUACCCAGUGGAUGAAAUCGAUGCUAUCAAAAGGUACUAUAUCAGACAAAAUUGCUGCACACACAUUACUGAUUCAAGAAAAUCCUAUGUGCAAUUUAGAGACUUUGAGAAAUCUCAUUGGGCUGGUAAAGGUUUCAAAAAAGAAGGAGUGUAUAGCUGCUAUGGGAACAUUGGUUGAACUAUUCUUAUCAGAUAUAUUGAUACCAACAAGGAAACUAAAACCUUUCCAUCAAAGACCAUUAUCAGCAUUGAAAGAGAUGUCUUCGGAAGUUAGUGGUAAAAGGAGAAAGCUUUUGGUAUAUUGGUACUUUGAAGAUCAGUUGAAGGAGAUUUAUACCAGCUUUGUAAUUGCACUGAACUCAGUAGGUCAUGAUACUGUCGAAAGUAACAAGGAUAAGGCUGUAACAUCAAUGUACAAACUCUUGACUGGAAAUCCUGAACAAGAAAAGAAUCUUCUUUCACACAUAGUGAACAAAUUAGGCGAUCCCUCACAAAAAAUUGCAUCCAAAGUGAUCUAUUGCCUACAACAAUUAUUGUACAAGCAUCCUAAUAUGCAGAAAGUUGUCCUCAAUGAGAUUGAGAAAUUCUUAUUUAGGGCAAACAUUUCAAAAAGAGCGCAAUAUUACAGUCUUUGUUUUCUCUCUCAAUACCACUUGAGCCAUGAGACGUCGGAGGUAGCCAAGAAGUUAAUUGAGGUGUACUUUGCUUUUUUCAAAUCCUGUGUCAAGACGGGAGAUAUUGACAGCAGAAUGAUGUCAGCUCUACUGAUGGGACUUAAUAGAGCAUAUCCAUAUGCAAAAGUAGACAUUUCUAAAAUCUCUGAGCAUAUAGAAACAAUGUAUAGAUUGGUACACCUAGCACAGUUCACCACAAGCUUGCAAGCACUUAUUCUGCUGUACCAAGUGUGUGAUUUUGAAAGCUGCGAAGUUUCUAGAUUUUAUAAUGCCUUGUAUAAGAAAUUACUCGAUCCUAGUUUGUUAAUAACAACACAUAAGGCAAUGUUCUUGAGUUUAUUGUACAAAGCACUGUUGAAAGACAAUCAAGUGAACCGAAUUAAGGCUUUCGUCAAAAGGCUGUUACAGGUAUCCCUAUACGUACAAGCAGAUUUUGCUUGUGGAAUAUUAUAUCUAGUAUCUCAAUUGGUUGGCAAAAAACCUGGACUACUCACAUUAACCCUGGAGGCAUCUUCAGCAUUUUCAUUAUUUGACGCAGAUGAAAAAUACUUUGCUAAAGAGGACACUAUUGAGGUCAAAGAAGAACCUGAUGAGAUAAUUGAGGAUACUGAUGCUAAUGAAAAAUCUAUCAACAACAAAACUACAAAUGAAACAAAUAGUCUAGAGAUAAAUGGGGUUGUAGAAGUAAAGGACGAAGAUGAUGUGAAACCGGAUGUUGAAACUCUAGAAAAGUCCUUGAAACAAGGAAACUGCGAAACCUCGAAAGUCAAGGCAGAAAAAUACCAUAAGACCUUCGACCCCACAGCUAGAAACCCUUUAUACUGCGGUGGGGAAUUUUGUUGCUUUACAGAAUUGACAGCGUUGAGAGAGCACUUCCAUCCGACUGUAUCGCUGUUUGCGAAGAAUAUCAUAGGCGGAAAAACAGUCAGUUAUAGUGGUGACCCUCUGGACGAUUUCACGCUGAUCCGAUUUUUGGAAAGAUUCGUUUUCAAGAAUCCGAAGCAGAUUGAUGAGAAGUUUGGAAAGGAUCCAACUUUCUCCAAAAGGAAGCUAUGUAGACCUAAGGGCGUAAAAUUGUUGCCUGUAAAUUCUUCAGAGUAUGUCAAUGAGGACUCAAAGAAUAUCCCUGUAGAGGAGCUGUUUUUGUACACAUUUUUGAAAAGGAGGUAUAAGGAAAAGGCCAUGGAUGAAGAUGAAAGUGAUGUGGAAUCCGUUCAAAGUGAGGAAUUUGAAGAAAUGCUGAAUCAAAUGUCUGGUGUCAAAGAAAGAGAGGAUGAAAUUGACUAUCUAGAUGAAAUAGGAGAUACCUUGAAAUAUAACAAAAAAGAUAAGGGUAAACAAAUGGACGAUGAAAGUGAAUCUGACAAAGACGAUAAUGAAAGUGAAAUUUCAGACCAAGAAUUAGAAGAAGAUUUUGAUGAUAUGGAAGAUGCUUCGGAAUUAGAUGACUUUGACGAGGAGAGUGAUGAAGAUGAUGAAAUGGUAACUAAGUCACCAAAGUCGAAACGAAAAGGAGACACAUCUUCAUUGUUUGCAUCAGCAGAAGAAUUUGCUACAUUGUUGGAAGAUGAGGGUAGUUCCAAAGUGAAGCCUGGUGGCUCAAAUGCAUUUGCAAAUAUGGACAAUGCAGAUACAAAACAAUUGGCUUGGGAAGAACAGAGGAACAGAUGGGUCAAAGGAUAUAACAGAUCUUUCGGCAAAUCAAGUAAAACACAGUUUGGUAAAGACAAAGAAGUUUUCAAGAAAAGAAAAAACAAAAGCAAGUUUGCAAAUAAGAGUAAAAAAAUCAAAAAAUAAUUUUGUUGCAUGUUAUUGUUAUGUAUUCUUGAGAAAUAUAUGGUAAAACAGUAUGACUUUUAGGAAACUUAUAAACCUUGACUCAUUAGAAAUCUAGCUAUUAAGUAGUAGUAGUAGAAAGAUUUAUUUAGCACAUUUGGCUACAUAAACAGAAUAAUUGUAAACAACUUAGAACUAGUAAAUUCAAGCCAUAUGGUGUAUGAUGUAAAUGUUGGGCAACCUAUAAUUGUAGAUUUAACAAGU